AUAAAAUAAAUCUCAAGAUGAGCAUAUCAAACGGCUCCGAAACCCUCCUAGAGCAUAUGUGUAGCAUACAAAUCAAUGGGCCACCAGCAGCUCGUCGUCUUAUCAAUAUUAUCUGCACCAUUGGGCGUGUCACUCGUACCAAGGAGAUGUUGAAGCAACUCAUUAAGGGCGGCAUGAAUAUAGCACGGCUCAAUUUCUCAUAUGAAUCACAUGAGCAACACAAAUCCACUAUCGAAUUGAUACGUGAAGCAUCGACAGAAGUCACCGAAGAGGCAGGUUAUCGCAAGCACAUUGCCAUUGCUAUAGACACAAAGGGUCCCGAAAUACGCACCGGUUCAUUCGAGGGCUUUAAUGAGGUUGAAUUAAAAAAGAACGAAACUCUUCGACUCUCCAUCAAUAAGGAUCUUAUGGACAAAGGCAACAAGGAGACGAUUUAUGUCGAUUAUCCAAAUUUAAUUAAUGUCUUGCAGCCGGGCAAUAUAAUUUAUCUGAGUGAUGGCGCCAUUACACUGCUGGUAAAAGAGGUGGCUGUGGAUUGUGUGAUUUGUCAAGUGGAAGUUGGUGGCAUUUUAGGUGCUUCCAAGGGUGUUUGGCUACUGUAUGUUAAUAUCGAUUUGCCACCAGUGUCUGAGAAGGAUCGCUUCGAUUUGCGUUUUGCCGUAGAUAAUAAUGUGGACUUCAUUUUUGCUUCAAAAACACGUCAUCCCUCUGCCAUACGGGAGAUACGCGCUGUCCUGGGUGAACGUGGCAAGAACAUACAAAUUAUUUGCAAACUCGAUUGUGCACAAAUCUUAAAUUACUUAGAUGAAGUGAUAAAUGCUUCGGACGGCAUACUAAUCGAUCGCGGUAGUUUGGGUAUUGAAGUGCAGGAGGAAAAACUAUUUAUUUUACAAAAAGCCAUAAUAGCGCGUUGUAAUCGUGCUGGCAAACCCGUAAUAGUGGGCACUCAACUGCUCGCCACAAUGAAGUCCCAAUCACGUCCUACUCGUGCCGAUGUCGCUGACUUGGGUAAUAUCGUUAUCGAUGGUGUAGAUGGUGUAAUGAUUGCGAGUGAAAGUGCCAUUGGCAAGUAUCCGUUGGAGACACUCACUUAUAUGGCUAGUAUUUGUGCUGAGGCUGAAGCUGCCAUUUGGCAUCGUCAUUUACAUCAAGAACUGAUGUUAAACAAUCCGGCAGCAAUCGAUGCAGUGCAUGCAGUGGCGUUGGCAGCAGUGGACGCGGCACAAAAAUCUAUGGCGACGAUCAUUGUGACCCUGACGACGUCUGGAAAAUCGGCCUAUAUGAUCAGCAUGUACAGGCCACAUUGUCCCAUUGUUGCAUUGACGCGUUGCAGCAGAACUGCACGACAGUGUCAGUUGAGACGUGGCAUUUACUCUGUUUUGUACUUGGAAAAAUCUGAUCCUGACUAUCAGAAGGAUGUUGAGCUUCGCGUUCAGUAUGCCUUGGUCGCUGCCAAAAAGAUGAGACUCGUCGAUAGAGGCGAUUCAGUGGUGAUAAUAUCCCCGUGGAAGGAAGGCACUGGUUUCGCCAAUAAUAUGCGCAUUGCCUAUGCUUUCUUUGAACCAGAAAAAAUUGAAUGCCUAGCGAAACGCAGCAAUGCGACUCUAAGAAGCAAAUCUGGAAUGUUGCGUGAUAAUUAAAAAAAAUGAUAAACUCGGUACCUAUUUUCUUUAUAUCGUAUACUUGUGCAUGUAUGUAUAUACCUUGAAUAAAAUUUGAAAUGUAGCAACUUUUA